UGUGCCUGUGAUCAAGCUGAACUCCACGACCCUGCGUGAGCAUGAAGUGGUGCUGACCUCAGGAACGUCCUUCAUGCUGAGCUGUGAGGGACAGGCUGGAGUCUUCUGGAAGACCAGGCUCAGCCAGCACAGGAAGAAAACUCUCACUGUUAGGCAUGCCACUGCAGACUACACGGGAACAUAUAGGUGUAGUUACAAGAAUCAAACCAACCUGUACUCCCAGAUUCACAUCUAUGUUAAAGAUCCAGGCCAACCCUUCACUACUCCUCGGUCCAGCGUUGUAGUAGAGCGGGAAGGCUCGGACUGCCUGCUGGAUUGUAUGCCUACAGACCCUGGUGCCACAGACUUCUCCCUCUGCUUGGCCAACCGAUCCACUGUUCCUCUGGAGAUGAAGUAUACUGCCAAUCCCACAGAGGGCAUCUGGAUCCGAGACCUGCGCCCCCACUAUAGUGGCGACUAUGUCUGUACCGUGAAUCUAAACUCACUCCAGAGGGUGUCUGUAGUCUUCCAAAUCACCGUCAUCGAAAGAGUGAAGCUCCCUCCCUCUGUGUUUACUGAAGUGGGGGAGUUGGUUCGCAUCGUUGGGGAAAGUCUGCAGAUCAGCUGCUAUGUCACAAAUCCAGACCAUUCCUACCAUGUCACAUGGCAGCAUUCAUCCAAGAAGAAACUUCACGCCAACAACACGGUGAAUAGUAGCAGGAACCCAGUUCUCAUCACGAGUGUUUUGACUCUCUGUGACGUCAGCAUGUCUGACAGUGGGAACCUGAGCUGUAUAGGCAACAACUCAGCAGGAGAGAACCGUUCCACAGUCUCUCUCAGAGUAGUAGAUAAACCGUACGCUCACCUGACGCCUGCGCAGACGUCCAGAGUUCUGCGGCAAGGUCUUGUGCGAGUGCUGCAGGAAGGAGAUCUGCUGAAGCUGGCGGUGUGUGUGGAUGCAUACCCUGCACUUCAGCACAGCUGGUGGGACACACCCAGAGCCCAGAACAAGUCCACUACAGAGCAAACCUUCUACAGGGUUCAGAAGAGUUACAGGUACAAUGCCUCCCUCUCACUGAAGAGGGUUCGAGCAGAUGAAGGGGGGUGGUACACCUUCAGUGUCAGGAGCAGCAGAGUAAACACUUCCAUCCGCUUUGAGGUCCACGUGCUUCAGAAACCCAGUGUUGUGAUUAAAUGGCGGAAUGGAUCCCUCGCUUGUGCUGCCUCUGGGUAUCCCGAACCAAAGAUCCACUGGCGCCGAUGUGCAGCACUCCACACCAUGUUUGGCAGGUGUAAUACCAGUCUCUACCCCAUGGUGGAGCUGCAGGCCAGGCAGUAUACAGUGGAGGCCCUGCAGACGUUUAAGGCCCAGCAGGUGGAGAGUAUCCUGGAGAAGAGUGUGAUAGUAAGUAACACAACCCUGGAGUGUGUGGCUGUGAACACUGCUGGAGAAGGACAUGACGCUGUCCACAUCAGAGACACAGAUAUUGGUACUACGAUGCCUGAACACUGGUUUUCAAGGAUAUACACGGCUAUCUUCAUCGGAAGCUCAAUGGUGACCACUCUCCUGGUACUGGUGCUGGGAGUUUGUAUCUGCAGGUGGAAACAGAAACCCAGAUAUGAAAUCAGAUGGAAAAUCAUAGAAGUUAAUGAUGGGAAUAAUUACACAUACAUUGACCCUUCUCAGCUUCCAUACAACACAAAGUGGGAAUUCCCCCGUGACAGGCUGAGAUUUGGACGGGUCCUGGGAGCAGGGGCCUUUGGGAAAGUUGUAGAGGCCACAACCUACGGUCUGGACGAUGAGGAACGUGUCACUCGCGUGGCCGUGAAAAUGCUUAAAUCGAGCGCUCAUGCAGAAGAACGUGAAGCCCUCAUGUCAGAGCUGAAGAUCCUGAGUCAUCUGGGGCCGCACGCCAACAUCGUGAACCUCCUUGGAGCAUGCACCCACGGAGGACCUGUGCUGCUUAUAACAGAGUACUGCUGUAACGGUGACCUGCUGAACUUCCUGCGGAGAAGAGCCCAGCUGUUUGUGGACUCACUUGUCCAGGCUCAACACUUCUCCCAGGCCUAUGCAAACCUGCCCGUCCAGGAGAACAGCACGAGACAGCUGGGUUUUACCGGCUAUCAGGACAUGCGUCCCGCAUGCAGACCCAAGGACGCCGCCGCAGGAUCCUGUAAUGGAGGAGGGAAUGGUUUAGACAUGGACUGUUUGCUGAGAUUUGCUGGUCAGGUGGCCCAAGGAAUGGAUUUCCUUGCAUCCAAAAAGUGUAUUCACAGGGAUCUGGCUGCGAGGAACGUCCUCGUGACUGACUGCUUUAUUGCCAAGAUCUGUGACUUUGGCCUUGCACGAGACAUCAUGAAUGACUCCAAUUACGUCGUGAGAGGAAAUGCCCGGCUGCCAGUUAAGUGGAUGUCUCCUGAGAGCAUAUUUGAGUGUGUCUACACUGUGCAGAGUGAUGUAUGGUCCUAUGGAAUCCUACUAUGGGAGAUCUUUUCUCUUGGUAGAAGUCCUUACCCAGAUGUGGUGGUUGACACACGAUUCUAUGAAAUGAUCAAAAGCGGAUAUCACAUGUCACAACCAGAUUUUGCCCCUAAAGAGAUGUACACCAUAAUGAAGCAAUGCUGGAGUCUGGAGCCAAACCUGCGGCCGCCCUUCAGCCGAGUCCUGCAGCUUAUCACAAAGCUCCAGCCAGAGAUGCAGGACUCCAACACUGACCAACAGUAUAAGAACUUGCGCAAGGAGCUGCAGCAAAAGCUCACAUCAAUGCAGGGUGUCUUUGCCCAAGACCGUGAGGACCCAUGUUACCAAACACCAUGCCAUGAGGAACAUGAGGACCCAUGUUACCAAACACCAUGCCAUGAGGAAAAUGAAGACCUGUGUCACCAAACACCAUGCCAUGAGGAAAAUGAAGACCUGUGUCACCAAACACCAUGCCAUGAGGAAAAUGAAGACCUGUGUCACCAAACAUCGUGCCAUGAGGAACAUGAAGACCUGUGUCACCAAACACCAUGCCAUGAAAACGCUCAGCUUCUAACAAAGCCAGAAUAUUACCAGCUGUGCUGACAGCCUACUGGACUGAGAGCCUGAUGAACUUACAUGAAAGUAUUAGAAAGCUGAUUUAUUUGCGUUUUACACCACUGGAGUGAAAUGUUUUUCAUAAUUAUGAGCUGUUCUCAUAAAGAUUUUAUUUGGGUCAAACUGCUAUUAACUUCAGACAAUGAACCGCAGAAUAACAUUUUGAGAACUAAAUAACAUCUUACAUACCUAUUUGUGAAUAUUAUAUCAUGAAUAUAUUGUGGGUAAAUGUUUCACAGACGGUUAUAUAACAGAUGUUCACUUUCCAGCUGAAUUUCAGCAGUGAUGCUCAUUCCAAUGUUUGUGACACAACAGAUAGUCCACAUUUUUGCUUUGUUAAGAUGCACGGUAGAGCUGGUGGAGGCUUGAUAUGGGCUGGAUCAAACACAUGGCCUAAGGACUGGGCUUCUGUCCUGCUGUAGAUUACAUUACUGCUUUUCUAAGGUAAAUUAUUCAAUUGUAAUAUUUAGUUUUAUAAACUUUAAAUGGCAAGGAUGGUAGAAAUGGUAAAAGCAUAGAAUAUCUGCAGAACAGUGUGCUAUGCUGUCACUUGUAGGAAUGCAUUAAACGUCUAUUCAUAAGCACACCCUAAAAGUAAUGUCUUUCAUCUUUCAGACCAAAAUUACAUUACUAUAUAACAAUUUCGUGGACAUUCUAGUGUAUCUUAUUUUAUAGUGUAUUUUCCUUUGGUCUUGGAUAUGUGUAUAAUGUGUGGAUAUGUGCUGUAGGUCCUGCAGUGCUUGUACAAACUGUUACUUGAAAUUCUGAUUAAAGCAUAGUACUGCUCUG